AUGUCUGAGGCAGAAGAACUGAACAUUACGGUGGCGAUUCGUUGUCGAGGCCGAAACAAGCUCGAAAUUCGGGCAAAGAGUCCCGUAGUUGUCACGGUUCCAGACGUGACGGGGUCUGGCCAGGUCUCGAUCAAUACGAGCGGUGACGUUGGAAUUGCCGCCCAAAUGAGUUACAAGACGUAUAUGGUGGAUAAAGUAUUUGGUCCCAGCGCCGAUCAGGCGCUGUUGUUCACGAGUGUCGCGGAACCGCUGUUCCGCGACUUCAUCCGGGGUUAUAACUGCACUGUACUCGUGUACGGGAUGACUUCGACGGGCAAGACCUAUACUAUGACAGGAGAUGAGAAACUGUACGACGACGAGCUAAGUGAAGCCGCUGGAAUGAUUCCACGUGUACUUUUCAAGUUAUUCGAGACUUUGGACGUUGAGGACGAUGACUAUAUGGUCAAAUGUUCGUUUGUCGAGCUCUACAACGAAGAAUUGCGCGAUUUGCUCGAUAGUGCUCACGAUACGGCUUUGUCGAAACGAUUGCGCAUUUACGACUCCGCAUCGAGCGUGAAUAGCGGUAGUACAAGCAGUUCGCGGACCAAUUCGCCUCGUCCUGCCGAUAUGGGCAACGAAGCGCGCCGGCGGCGCGCCAGGACCCACAGCGGGGGCACCAGCAGCAAAUUCGCCACGAGUGCACCUUCUAAAAAUACUUCCAAAUCAGAUUUCAGUUCAUCAGCCAUAUACAUCCAAAAUUUGCAAGAAUUCCAUAUUGUGAACGCGCGCGACGGAAUCAGACUGCUUCAGAGAGGACUAAGACAACGGCAAGUUGCUACUACCAAGAUGAACGAUUUUUCAAGUCGAUCGCAUACCAUUUUCACUAUUAUGUUGUACAAGAAAUGCGACGGCGAAACUUUUCGGAUAUCUAAAAUGAAUUUGGUGGAUCUGGCUGGCUCAGAGAAUAUCAGUAAAUCCGGGGCACAAAACCAGCGUGCCAAAGAAGCCGGUUCCAUAAAUCAAAGCUUGCUUACCCUGGGUCGCGUUAUCAAUGCGCUCGCGGACAAAAAUUCGCACGUCCCGUUUCGAGAGUCUAAGCUCACGCGACUUUUGCAAGAUUCUUUGGGCGGAAACACCAAGACAGCAUUGAUAGCAACCAUUUCGCCCGCCAAGAUUAAUGCAGACGAGACCUCGAGCACUCUAGAGUAUGCGACAAAGGCAAAAAGUAUCAAGAAUCGACCUCAGCUCGGUAGUUUUAUUAUGAAGGAUAUCUUGGUGAAAAAUAUAACAACGGAGUUGGCAAAGAUCAAAUCCGAUCUCAUUUCAACUAAGACUAAAGAUGGAGUUUACAUGAGUCAUGCGCAUUACAAGGAAUUGACCAACGAUCUCGAGAACUACAAAACAGAAGUUCUAGAAAAUAAAAGGGCCGCUGAAAAAUUGUCCACUCAAAAUGCUUUACUCUUGAAAGACAAAAAGACUUCCAAUGAAAUAAACGAAUCCCAGAAGGCUCAAAUUGAAAAAUUGAACAGCAACAUCGGCUUCCUUUACGAUAAAAUUGAAGUUCAACAUCGCAAUGAACAAGAGCUUGCCAGUGUCGUGCAUAAAUUGAUGUCAGCGGUUCAAACCAUGCAGAGGUCUUUAAAAAGUUAUGAAGAUCAAGAACAAAAAUUCCAAAGCGAAAUGGAAAGAGUGCUAUAUGAAAACGUGGGCUCUUUCAAGACCUCGUUGUCUAAUGAAAUUCACCUGUUGAAGGAAAACAUGAGUUCUGAAAAGAUCGAAAUCGAAAGCAACAUCGGUGAUAUCCAUUCAGAGUUCAAUCGAACCAUCGAGACAAUCCAUUCAUCUAGUUUGGAAAUCUGUCAAAAAUUCAUAGAAGACAUCGCAAAGAGACAUCCUGCUCAUUUUCAAGGAAUUCAUGAUCAAGUUCGCAAUAUCAACGACAUCGUUAGUGCAUACUCUUCCGAGCUGGUCUCUAAGUUGAGCAACAUAAGUGAGGAGUACAAUGUCUUUAAAGAGUACCUGCAUGGCCAUUUUUUCAAAAACACAUUUCAAGAAGCACUCAACAUACAUGUCGAUAAAAAUUACCAUCAGCUAAAGCAAUCUGCCGUAUCGAUGCUUAAUGAGUUUCAAGAGAUGAUGCUUGAACGCCUCGACGAAAAUCGAAACACAAUGCUUCAGGGUCUUAAAAUUGCCGCAACAGAAGUCAUGGCAAAAGAAAUGGGGCUUUUGGAUCCUGUUAAAGAAAAUUGGGAAAUGGCAUUGGAUAAUAUUAACAAAUGCGACAAAUUGAACAGUAAAUUUGAAACUGAAAUAACCACUGCUACUAAUGGUCUUCAUCGAAGCAUAGGAACCGCACUCGAUAUGUCCAAUUCAGCUGUAGCCGAUAUGAAGGAAAACAUGACGGAUUUGGAAAGCGGCUACGAGAAGUUGAAAAAGGGUGAAAUAAUACAGAAGAACAUCAAAGAGAUUGGAUUUAAACAUGGUAAGUUGAAAAAUCAGCUCUUGAGUUCGGCCAAUUUUAUGGAAUUGGCUAAGAAUAAAUUCGGUGAAAUAGAUCGGUCAAUUCAAAGUCUCUUAGACCUUCAAGGCAACAGCACUGAAGAUGUCGAAUAUUCAGUGAGUGCGUUGUUAGAGCAUUUGAACAGCAAAAGAUUGAAACCCAUAGGGUCAUCCGGCAAAACCCCUUUACGGCUUCAAACAAACUUGCCUCUUAUCAAGGAUCAAAAGUGUAAUAAUCAUCCCAUGUCAUCUUCAGCCUCACCCAUGAAAGAGAUUGAUGGCAACAAAGUUAAUGGAUCGCCUUUGAAGCGGAAAGGCUAUGAGGGUGACUCGCUAAGCGUCAAACUUCAGCGAAUAGAAUAA